CCCUGAAUUGCACGAAGAAGUUGUGCAGACACAGUUACCACCAUGAAGUUGACUGUCCCUGCCAGAUGAAGAAUCGCUCUCUGUCGGAGUUGGGCAGCCAUUGGAAGGCCAUUGACCAAGUUGACUCGGUGGCCUUCAGGUGGGCUGCAGAGGUGCCUCAAGGGGAGACAAGAAGGAGGAUGAACCGGCUUGCCAGAUCAUUCACAGACAUUGACUUCAUGAGGAUGCUGGUGGAAGAUCCCGUAUCCUUCAGCAACAACUCCUUCACGCAUGCAGAGACCUUCAUCUACAAAUACACCCGCUCCAAGCUGUACGCAGUCCAAGAUGAGGAACACAAGAGUUUUGUCCUGCGGCGUCACGCCAGCCAGGCCCAGCUGAUGGCGGUGCAUUUACAAGGCCCCAAUAUCAGCAAAGCAGUGAAAUUAAACCUGGAUUUAUAUCGCUCACCGCACAUCUCCCCAAAGCGCAUCAGUCCUGUUGCUAUGAACAUUGUGGAAAGUAACACUGUGGAAAACAAUCUGUAUCUGUGCUGUGUGAAGGCUGAAGGCAGCCCUGUGCUGCAGCUGGAGAAGGUGAAGGGGCCUAUGAAGGAGAUCAGGACCGGGGAUCAGGAGCGUUUCCUCUUUUUCAAGACCAGUUCUGGUUCCACUUCCAGCUUUGAGUCAGCUGCCCAUCCAGGCUGGUUCCUCAGCACCUCAAAACUGAACGACAAACCUGUCAGGAUGGUGAAUCAAACCGGAGAGCGGGACAUCACUGAUUUGUAUCUGGUUGAACUCUAAUCCCCAGCCAGCCGUUACUGGUUUAGAACUGAAUGCUUGUAUGUACUAUGUACAGCAGGAGCAUAACUAUCUAUGGGAUCUCAGCAAUUCCAUAUUAAUUCAGUUUUAUUAAUUAAUUUAUUUAUUCAUUAAAAUUAAUUAAUUUAAUUGUUGGUUUAAAAUUAAUUAAAUUGAAUUGUACUAUGUAUGUAUCUUGUGAACCUUGUAACCAAUACUUGUAAUCUCUCAUAACUCAAGCCUGACCCCAGAUGUAAAGUACCUUCCUUCUUAACUUGUAUAAAUUUGAUUUUAAAUAUUAGCAUUAAUUCCAUAUUAAUUCAGUUUUAUUUAUUAUUAUUAAUUAUAUAAUAAUAAUGGUUAUUAUUACAGUAGCAUCUAGAGACACCAGCCACAAUGGGAUGUCUCAUUACUUUAGGCACUAUACAUAUAGUUUUGUUCCCUAAUUAUUUAUAGGGACACUGUUAGAUCAAAUCCUGCCUCUGCUAUUAAUUGUUAGGUUUUUGUGGGUUUUUAAAUAAUUUUUACAACAUAUCAAUAGAAAAAAAUUGUAUUUUUAAAUUCCAGUGGAAAUUUUUUUGGGAAGGGUGGUUAUAAGCAAAUAAACCAGCCCCUGCAGUAUUUGCAACCAGCAUUGGUGUCUAGGGAGUUGAAAACCUGAAGGUGCAAUUGGCUUGAAACUGAUUUGUUACUAAUGUGUAACCGACUAGUCUUUUUUCAUUGUCUGAACUGAAAUGCAAAGAGAAAGCAAACAGCAUGAAUGGGAAGUCUUUUACAGUUUCUUGCAGUUUGAGUAAUCUAAGGUGGUGAUAUAUUUAUUACAAAAGUGUCAAUCUCAACAGUAUGUGGAUUAUAAA